UUGUUUUGAUCUGUUUAUGGAUUAUGGGCUUUGUUUUUGUUGUUGAUGUUUGUAAUAUUUUUCUCUUUUUCUUUGUUUUUUAUUUUUUCUGAUUUUGCUGUGUUUGUUGAAUAUUAUUUAUUUUCCAUAAAUGGAUGUCCUGUUGAGUUUAUAAUGGUUUUUGACUGAGUAUCUCUAAUAUUUUUAUCUUUUGUUAUGUUAAUUUCUUCGGUGGUGAUUUUUUAUAGAGAAGAAUAUAUAGAGGGAGAUGAAAAUUUAAAUCGGUUUUGUUAUCUUGUUUUGUUGUUUGUAUUAUCAAUAGGGUUAUUAAUUUUGAGACCGAAUUUGAUUUCAAUUUUGUUAGGCUGAGAUGGGUUGGGAUUAGUAUCGUAUUGUUUGGUGAUUUAUUAUCAAAAUAAUCGGUCUUUAAAUGCAGGAAUAAUUACUGUUUUAUCUAAUCGUAUUGGUGAUGUGGGAAUUUUAAUUGGAAUUGUUUGGAUAUUAAAUUUUGGAAAUUGAAAUUAUUUUUCUUAUGUACUUUUAGAAGAUAUAGGGAGGGAGUUUUAUUGGGUAGGAGGUUGUGUAGUCUUGGCGGCUUUAACCAAAAGAGCACAGAUUCCUUUCUCUGCUUGACUUCCGGCAGCUAUAGCUGCCCCUACUCCAGUUUCCGCUUUAGUUCAUUCUUCAACUUUAGUGACUGCUGGUGUUUAUCUUUUAAUUCGGCUAAGACAAUAUUUUAGAGUGGGAGUGUUUUCUUGUGUUUUAAUGUUUAUUUCUUGUAUAACAAUAUUUAUAUCUGGAUUGGGGGCAAAUUAUGAGAUAGAUAUAAAAAAGGUAAUUGCUUUAUCAACUUUAAGACAAUUAGGAGUAAUAAUAUUAUCAAUUUCUUUUGGGUAUUGAAAGUUAGCUUAUUUUCAUAUGCUUACUCAUGCCUUGUUUAAGGCCCUUCUCUUUCUUUGUGCAGGGUCUGUAAUUCAUAGAAGAGGUGGGGCUCAGGAUUUACGAUAUAUGGGAGGAAUAAUUGAGUUUAGACCUGUGGUUGGAUCUUGUUUUAAUCUUGCUAAUUUAUCUUUGUGUGGAAUUCCUUUUUUGGCUGGUUUUUAUUCUAAGGAUUUAAUUUUGGAAAAUGUAUCUUUUUUUAAUUUUAAUUUUUUUAUUUUUAUUUUUUUUAGAGUUUCUAUUGGGUUGACUGCUUGUUAUUCUUUUCGAUUGUUUUUUUAUAUUAUGGGACGAAAUUUCUUUAUGUUUUUUAGAAAUUUCGGGGAAGGGAGGAUCGUUAGUGUUUCUAUUAUUUUUUUAUCUUUUUGGGCUGUUAUUAUAGGGUCUACUUUAAUGUGGAUUUUGUUUCCUAUUCCUUGCUUUGUGUUUGUUCCAAUUUUUUAUAGGGUUAUAGGGGUUUUAUGUGUAAUUGUGGGAUUAUGAAUAGGAUUAAUUUUGUGAGGAGUUAGUGGAAGAUAUUUAUUUUUAACAGGGAAGAGAGUGAAUCACUUUUUAGGGUUAAUGUGAUUUUUACCUUGAUUAUCUUCAAAUCCUCUUUUAUCUAAAUUAAGAUUAGGGGGUUAUUUUUUGAGAAGUGAUUUAAGGUGAGGAGAGUGAAUAGGACCCCAAGGUGUUUUUGAAGGGAUAGUAAUUGGUUCUAGGAUUUUUCAGUGAUUUCAGGAUAAUAAUUUAAAGAUGUAUUUGGUGUCUUUUGCAAUUUGAGUAAUUAUUUUUACUUUUUUGAUGUUAAUAUUAU